CGUUCAUAACUUUCUUAGUAUGUAUCUGUUUUAAAAUGAAUUGCUCAAUAUAUGUAUGUUAUAAUACAUAAAUUUCAGAUAUAGAGAAAAAAGAGUAUACAGUCUUCGGUAUUUUCAAAUCAAUAAACGGAUCUUCAAUAAAGUUUUGGAAAUUUGUUCCGUCCUUUUUCAACACUGUCAUAUGCAUCCUUUAUUUGGCAGGCUUACGGUUGGAAAUAAAAGUGGUAAAUUCUUCUCGUUUGCAAUGCCGAACCAGAUGAGGGUGCUGGACUUUGGCGAUGGAUCAAUGCCCAUCCAGCUGGACUAUCCGGAUUCGCAGAUCUUCAGCAACUGUAGUAGCUACGGCGAUCGGGUUCCGGGUAUCCAUUGGAACGAGAUUACGGUGCACCAUAGGGGCCGUCUGGUAUACUCACCAAAUCCGGAGCAGAUAAUCCUGGAUGCCUUAUACCAGGCGAUAGACGGGGCGGACUUCUAUCCGGUGUUCUACCAGCGUGGAAAGAGCGCGGAUACCAUGCUGGCCAGGAGCUGCAAGGCGGCUAUUGAUAAUCUCUUCAAACAGGGACUGUCCAUCAAUCUGGAAAGAGGCGCCUCCAUACCCAUCAGUAUUCAACUGGGCGUGGCCCAGUACCAAAGGAACCAGAUAUCUCCAACGUUCCAAAUCGCUCGGGUGGUCACCAGACUUAUGAAACAAUUGGUUCAAAGGGACGGUGUGGAUGGACUACUUAAUCUGGACAAUUUUGGGGGUCAUCCGGAGUUCGAAAACAUAGUGGUAAGCCUGGGCAAUCCGUGCAUCCUGAUGAACGUGUGCCAGGUGAUUCUCAACAACGACACUGAACGCUUUCGUUUAAACGGGUUUAUAUUGUCUAACAACCGCAUUCGGGAUGUACGACCUCUGACACUACUCGCCAAUAUGGACUACGCGUUGCUCGAUUUAAGGGGCAACAAGAUCAAGUCAGCCGAUCGUUUGUGCCGCGCGCUGGAACAAUUCCGUGCCAGGGAACUACUCCUGGAGAACAACCCCAUUUUAAAGAUAUCCAACUUUCCCGCAAGCAUUAGAUCGCUGGAGAAUAACUUCAAGUUGGUGAAUGGAAAGCCUUUUAACAUGCUGCACAAGUCUGUUUCGCCUCUGGAUGUGGAGAUCGAUUUGGAAGUAGAUGGAGCGCGGCUUGAUGCAAAUAACAAGUGGAAGUUGCCGGAGUUUGAGAACAGCCAGCAUUGGCAUGCUUUUAUGAUACCCGAUCCAAUUGAAGAAUUCAACCAGGAGGUGUUGUUCGACUUUUUCUUUAUUAGGCUCGAUCCUACCCUGAGCAAAUUUUAUCCCUGCUAUUACAAGUAUAUUAACACGGAGCACGUUUUCCUCGUGCGCAAUUGCUUUGAUCAAAUUGCACAUUUGGUAAACAAUUGCAACCUAGAGAUGACUAUUCCGACCGGUAAUCGGAUUUUUCGCUAUUACUUGCGUAUGAAUGUGAGCACCUUCAAGCAGCAUCAUGUUGAUCCGGAGGAGUGUAUACAGAAGGCUGUUUCGCAAUGCUAUGUGACACAGAAUCGAAUGCUUAACCUUGAACGGUUUCACGCCAAGGAAUGUCUGAAGGACGUGGUGGUUUCGCUAAGCUCGCCAAAGAUUUUGACUUACAUACUGUCGGUAGCAUCGCGGAAGUUCAUGACCACCUGUUCAGAGAUCCGCUUGUGUCACAACAAGAUUAUUGUUCUGGAUGGAGCCCAUGUCCUUGGCAUGAUGGGGGGCCUGCGAGCGGUAGAUCUUAGCCACAACUGGGUGCAAGACCUGGCAUGUAUCAACAGUCUUGGAAACCUGCCUCUUAAGUCUCUGGUACUUCACGGAAAUAAACUCUGCCGCAACUACAGACUUCCCAGCGAGUAUGUCAGGGCCGUGAAAGAGGUGUUUCCACAGUUGACCACCUUGGAUGGCGUGGACCUACAGACGAAUCCAGGCCAGUCGGUGCAGAAGAACUUUCUUUGCGAUACUGGUGCCUACGAGUUGGUAGGUGCCUUUCUUAAACACUAUCUCCGGGAGUUCGAAAACGAUGAGCUUCGUCAUAAUCUGUACAAGUAUUACUCCGAGGACUCGCUCUUUACCCUAACAUGCAACUACAGCGUGGUUCAGAAUCACCAGACUCCCAAGAUAUUGCAGCGUAUAUCAAAGUACAAUAAGCACGCACGAAAUCUUCGCAACAAAGAUUAUUCCAAAGCAAGCGAUGGCGUGUUCUUUGGCUCUACUGAUAUCGUGGAGAUCUUGUUGCAACUGCCACGGGUCACCCACGACUUCCACUCCCUGCAGACGGAUGUCAUGCACUACGAUGGUAAAGUGGCGGUUAUCUAUGUGGCUGGUUUGCUGCGGGACGAGCCACCUAGCACGAGGACCGGAUACGGAUUCAGAACUGAUAUCGGUGGUGUCCUUCUGGGCUUUAGCCGACAGUUUGUGGUUAAGUUCGAUGAGGCGAACUUGGGCUUGGGUAAGAGAGCUCGUCGUCUAAAGAUCGCCAACGAACGUCUACACAUAACGAAUCCAUCGAAAGCUUUAAUACGAAACGCCUUCAGUGUGAAUUAUCCGGAUCCAAGUGAACGCCAGGUUGAAGAGGACUCCCUGGAUGUGAAGGAUCACAAAUUGCUACUGUUUCAAGAGGUAACCGGGCUCAUUUCCACUUGGGUCACAUCGAUUGUGGAGGAAGCCGAUUGGGACUUCGAGCGAGCCCUAAAGUUGUUUAUUCAAAAGAACGCAGAUUGCGAGAUCCCAGAUUUAGCCUUCGCUUAGGACUCAUCCACCUAAAGCUGAAGCAAUAUGUCCUAACCUGUCACUGACCAAAGCAAAUCCAAAAAUAAUUGUAGUCAAACGAUUAAGAAUUUCUUACAAACCAAUUACCAAUUACAUACCAAUUUUUUAAAA